CUCACAAAUCCCAGCCCUUUCUCAUCUGUCCUUUGUAUUUUGCCCAUACCAUGGGGUGGUAUCUGAUGGCAGCAGUGCAAUGCAGCGAGGUGGCCUGUGGCUGCAGCUUGGUGGUGGCAUUUGGGGGACUGAAGGGCAGUGUUCCCUCUGCAGGAGUGGAGGCCGUGGCCACGAGGAGGGCUUCCUUGGCAGGAUCCUGCUUGGAGGUGACCGCAUCCAAAGGCAGAUCACAGGCUUGCCCCUACAGUGAGAGCACUGAUGUUGUGUGUUGUGGCAGCAGCCACAGGAGGGAAAUGAGCAGCCCUGGGGAUGAAAGGUGCUGCUGUGCAUCCCAGCAGCAGGUUGGGGGCAGGCUGUUGGUGGUGUCACACCGUGGGGACUGCCUAUGGUGGCACAUGUCCCGAGCAGAGCUGCACAUCCUUUGGGGUCCCAUCAGACCCAGGGGACCAUGCAGAGCCCGUGGCAUUCCUCCCUAUUGAUGGGGCCACAGGCCAGCACAGCACUGGUGCUUUCCCCUUUUUAGAAGAAGAGCAGAGUCUGGAAUGCUGCUUAUCACAAGGAAACCUCAGCAGAGCCACGCUGUGCUGCAGGCACUUCCAUCCCAGGGUUGCUUCCAGCUGCUCUGCUCCAAAGAGCCACAAGGUUUGCUUUUCCACUUGUUUUAUCACUGAUUCGAGGCAGAAAACUUCUCUGUGUGGGUCUGAGUGCUUCUCAGCAUCGAGAGCUGCUGCUGUGCCUAUGGGGUCAUGGGCAUUUCCUGUGUGCAAGAAGUGCAGAGGUCCAAUGGAGCCCCUUCAGUUCCAUGAGAACACAGCACCGUAACUGCAGGAGAAAGCACGUUUUUAUCAAGUACCAUUAGCAGCAUGUGUUCUAUUUAAAUCCUUAAUCCCUUCCAAUCCCUCCUUAUUAACGAUUAAUUGUGCAACUAAUCGCGCUAUGAUAGCAGGGUGCGGGCGCAGGUUGUUGUUGUGCACACUGCAAUGUGAGGGAGGUAAGAAUCCAGCCGUGCACUCAGCUUGGCUCAUGUGCGGGCCAGACCUCCUUUCCUGUCCCUUCAGCUCUCAGAGUUAUGAUCCUUUCUUAUCUCGAAGCUUAUCAGCUCGUGGGGCAGGAGAGGAACAGAACCGAAUGCAGCCAGUGAGCUUUGAACGCUUGCUGGGCUGCAGCCCUUCAUCCCGCGGAGCUCGGAGUCCCCUUGGCUCAGUGCCUGAGCACCACGUGGAUCUGUGGACGUGGUUUGACGGGGGGCUAAACCAGAAUUGUUUCAGGAUGUGCUCCCAUGGCCCCCUCCCUGCACUCUGUGCUUGCAGCACCCAUCUCUGCACAGCAGCAUCCAAGCAAUGGGUCUGGCUGUGUGUUUUCCUGCACGAGGUCCCUCCCUCCUUCGUUCCCUUGAUCUCUGCAGGGCUCUGUUAUCUCCCCCACAUCCCAAGGCUGCUGCAGGAAUGCUCAGAGCUCACAAGGACAGCGGUCAGGAGGUAAAAUGAACAAGAUGAAAAACUUCAAGCGGAGGUUCUCACUCUCAGUCCCUCGGACGGAGACCAUCGAGGAGUCGCUGACGGAGUUCACAGAGCAGUUCAACCAGCUCAACAACCAGAGGAAUGAGGACCUGGCCCAAGGGCACUUGCAGCUGGGACACCUGGGCAGGGACAUCGGAGCAGACCCCACGGCCAUCUCCUCACCCGACACAGAGGGUCCAUCCCCCAUGGCCGUGCGUUACCGCAGCAGCACCCAGCGCCGCUUCUCCACAGAGGAUGUCAGCAAACGCCUCUCCCUGCCCAUGGACAUCCGGCUGCCCCCCGAGUUCCUGCAGAAGCUGCAGAUGGAGAGCCCGGAGUUCCCCAAGCCGCUCAGCAGGAUGUCACGGCGGGCAUCCCUUUCGGAUAUCGGGUUUGGGAAGCUGGAGACCUAUGUUAAGCUGGACAAACUGGGAGAGGGCACUUAUGCCACUGUCUUCAAGGGACGCAGCAAGCUGACAGAAAACCUGGUGGCACUGAAGGAGAUCCGCCUGGAGCACGAGGAAGGGGCUCCAUGCACCGCUAUCCGGGAAGUGUCACUGCUGAAGAACCUCAAGCACGCCAACAUCGUGACCCUGCAUGACAUCAUCCACACAGAGCGCUCCCUCACGCUGGUCUUCGAGUACCUGGAAAACGACCUCAAGCAGUACCUGGAUAACUGUGGGAACCUGAUGAGCGUGCACAAUGUGAAGAUCUUCAUGUUCCAGCUGCUGCGUGGCCUGUCCUACUGUCACGGGAGGAAGAUCCUACACCGAGACCUCAAACCUCAGAACCUGCUCAUCAACGAGAGAGGGGAGCUUAAGCUGGCCGACUUUGGCCUCGCCAGAGCCAAGUCAGUGCCUACCAAAACGUAUUCCAACGAGGUGGUCACUCUGUGGUACCGACCCCCCGACGUCCUGCUGGGAUCCACCGAGUAUUCCACCCCCAUCGACAUGUGGGGCGUGGGAUGCAUCCACUACGAGAUGGUCACCGGACGGCCCAUGUUCCCCGGUUCUACGGUGAAGGAGGAGUUGCAUCUCAUCUUCCGGCUGUUGGGAACGCCGACAGAAGAUACCUGGCCGGGGAUAACGUCCAACGAGGAGUUCAGGGCGUACAACUUCACGCAGUACCGAGCGCAGCCGUUAAUCAAUCACGCCCCGAGGUUGGACUCGGAUGGCAUUGACUUGCUGAUGAACCUCCUCCUGUAUGAAGCCAAGAGCCGGAUUUCAGCAGAGGUGGCCCUGCGGCAUCCCUACUUCAAAAGCCUGGGGGAGCGGGUGCACCUCCUGCCUGACAAUGUCUCCAUCUUCUCUCUGAAGGAGAUCCAACUUCAGAAGGACCCUGGCUACCGAGGCUCAGCGUUUCAGCAGUCAGCCCGAGGGAAGAACAGGAGGCAGAGUAUAUUUUAAACCCGGACCUCAUGUUCCCUUUGUCACCAUGGAGAUCAGUGCACUGAGAAAGGAGACGGCGGUGCGCUCCUACCCGCCGCACCGCGUCGCUCAGCCCAGCAGGACGGAGCUGAUGGCUCUCCCCACGUCCCCCAGCAGCUGGUGGCAAUGGACCUGUGGCCUUUUUCCCCUCUCGUUCUCAUGUUGUUCCUAUCAGCUGCCACCCCUUGUGCAGCUGCUGCACAACCCUCCUAGGAGCGGGGUCCUGCCCUGUGCUGGGGGAGCUGCUCGCUGCCUGUGGGGUUGAGCUGGGUGCAGGGAGGCUGUGAGAGCAUGGGUUGGGGUCUGUGAAGCAGGAGCUGUGGCUGCAUUGCAUUCAGCCCAGGCAGGCAACAUCCCACUGCUCAGACAACCUGCGUGCAGCCCCAUCCCACUGAGAGCUGUGCAUCCCCCAGCCUGGCACCAGAGGACUGCUGCUGGAGCAUCAGCCCUGGGGCAGCCCUCCCUGCUGUGCCAUUGCUUCUGCCUCUGUAACACCUUCAUCUCUGCCCAUUGUUGGUACCUGAAUCCUGAUGAGGGUGGAGCGACCUCACUCACCAUCCCCUCUUCUUGCCACCGUUGCGUUCCCCAGUUCUGAUGCCAUCACAAGACGUGGGACGUGAUUCCCAGAGUGAUUCCUGGCUGUUCACAGGAGCCUACAGCUGAACAGAGCCCUGCAGCAUCACUGCACCCCAAUGCUUCGCACUCACCGCAGUGCAUUCCCCACCUGGAGGACGGGGGAGAGGUGCCAAACCUCCCCAGCUCAGCUGCAGGGACCAGAAAUAGAGCCACAGAACAGCAAACCAGCCCUCCCCACGUGUAGCCAACAUCACACCAAGCAGCCCUGGCUCAGACCCAUGCCACAGGACCGAGGGGCACACUGUGCUGCCAAGGGCUGCUCCUGAGGCAUUUUAACUGGACCUUGCCAAAGCACUCGAUGGAGGAUGUGCCGAUGUCCCAACCUGCCAGCAUCCCAGGACAAGCAGUGCUCAGGGGACACUAACUGUGCCCACACCGCUGUUUCUCCGUGGAGAGGAAUUGGAACUCUGUUUUUCCCCCUGCAAAUGCAAAGCUGGAGGGGAAAGGAUGAGAGCCCAGGGUUCUCCAGUGCUCAAUGCACCGCACUCUGCGCUCCUCCUGUCAGCCCAAAGCUGUUAAGUUGGGUUUGUCCUAGACAAGCAUCCAGACGUCUGCAUUGUUUGAGGUUUGCCCAUCCCUGCUCGGUUCCUUUCUCAGUAUGUCCAGCAUACAGCAGGCUGAAUAGUUCAUUAAUUGUUUCCAUUUGAUAGGGAAGAGCAUGAAGAGCCAUCAGCCACCAGUGACGCGUUUUGCUCUGAUGUAAGGGUUGGGCUGUGCCUGGUUCCCUGCACCCUGCUUGGGCUGCACAGGGCUUUUCAGCAGUGGGGUUUACAAAAGGAAGCGCUGAGCUCACGUUGUCACCUUUCCUUUCAUUAAGGUGUUUACAAUGGGAUUUUUCUGGGCACGAUAGGGAUCUGUGGUGCUUCCCAAGGCACCAAGGGCACGGAUCUGGGCAAGUCCUGCUCUUGAGAAGCCCUGACAGGAUGUGCAUGACCUGUUCUGGCUUUACCAGCCCUGUGCCCUGAGGCUGUCAUGGGCACAAAGCGUGCCAGGGCACAGGAAGCCUUGCUGAUCCUUCAAUGGGAGGGCAAGGCAGGGCUGUGGGACACGGGGCUCUGCUCACUGCUGCUUGGCAGAACCCUUGGGAACCAAUGUCCCCAUUGGGAACCAGUGUCCCCAUGGGGCAGACAUCUCCAGGGUGCAGCAAGGUGACCCACGGAAGGUGAGCACGCAGACAGCUCUGCUUUAUCUGCAAUCAGAUAAGGAAGACAAAGAGUCUGCUGGCUGCUGUUUGCUCUUUCACAGCCUUUGCCUUUCCUUCUCCAAGACAGGAGAUCUUUGUGUGGAGGCACUAUUAUUUAUUUGCCCCGUGCAUGACCAGCAGGCUGCGUUUCAGAUAACCCCUUUUGUUCUGCUGCUUUUCAUGGGUAUUGGAUUCCUAUUCAGGAAGGUGAUAAAGUGCAUAAAUAUUUGGUGCCCCGUUGAGCAAGCUGUGAUGUAUGCACUGCUGCUGUGUGUCCCAAUGCCGAGAGAGGGAGGUCAGCAAAGUCCCCCCCCUGCACAGGGUCAGCAUCCCAUGAGGGUAUGGGGUCUGUAUGGGUUUAGGUCAGCAUCCCACCACGUUGCAGGCUCCAUAUGGGUCCAGAUCAGCAUCCCACAAGAGUACGAGGUCCAUAUGGGUCCCUGAGGACUGCAACCCCCCAGUGCUGGGGAUGGAGACACGCAGUGAGCUCCCAGCUCUGCCCAGUGCUGGAGCACCAGCUGCUCAAAGCAGCGCUGAUGAAAACACUGCAAAUGUCUGUGGCUUUCUGGAAUUUAUUUUCUUUUCCAUUUUGUGGCACCCAGCGUGGCUUGGGAGAUGUUGUUUUGUCUUCCAGGCAUUAUUUUCUUGCAUUUUUUAUUUUAUUUUUUCCUACCAAUUCUGCCUGCACACUGGGGAAAGGCUGCAUUGCUUUGUGCACUCAGCAGCUCCGGUCUGCGCGCCGCUCCUGCUGUGGUUUUUUGUUUCCAUCAGUCAGAAUUGAGGGCAGCACCCCUCACUGCAGUACAGGUGGGAUGCAUCACAGGAACAGCUUCAGCCCCAUGUCCUGCAGCAGGAAAACGUGUCCCAGACUGCUCAGGUUCCAACUGUGAGCAUCCCCUGGCGUGCACCGUGUGCAGGAUCCCGAUGGCCGUUGGAUGAAUGGAAGAUGUGUUUUAAAAGGAGUGUUUUUAAAAGGUUUAUUCAAAAAAAAAGCAAUUUGUUUGUUUGUUUUAUAUGUAUAUAUAGAGAGAGAGAGGAAGAAGUUGGGUUUUUUUCUGGAAUAAAUGGAAAGGUGCAAAGCAAAAAGGAAUAAAAGGCUGCGCCCAUCGAUCAA